ACUGGCUGGGCUGCGUGGGGGGCGGGCCGCGCCGGGCGGAGCCGGGGCCCUGGCCUCAGCCGGACUGGGAGUCCGAGGCGGCGAUCGCCGAUCAGGCGGUAGCCGGGGUCCGGGCUCGCUCCGAGGGCGCGGCGAGGCGGAGGGGGCGGGCACCGGGCGGAGCCGGAGCCGGAGUCGCGGUGCCUGGAGGAGAUCGGGCCGCGCGCUGCGAGCACCAAGUAGCGGAGAGGCCGCGCGGCGCGGGCCAGGGCCCGAGCGCAGUCCCCGGACGCAGGAGGCCGGAGCGCAGUCGCGGCCUGAGCAGCGGGAGCGCAUCCGGGACCCGCCGCAGGGACCCCCAGACCGGCCGCUCCCGGGCCAUGCGCGCCGCUCGCUGAGAGCCGGGGAGGCCGCGAUGGAGGCGCCAGCGGGAGAGUCAUCGGCGCGGGGCAACUGCCCCCCGCCUGCACCCGCGCCCCCCACGGAAAGGAAGAAGAGCCACCGCGCGCCGUCGCCAGCCCGGCCCAAGGACGUGGCCGGCUGGUCUCUGGCCAAGGGCCGCCGUGGCACAGGCCCGGGCGCCGCUGCAGCCUGUGGUGCCGCGUCCUCGGCGAGGCCAGACAAGAAGGGGCGCGCGGUGACGCCCGGAGCCCGGGGCGCGGGGCCGCGAGUGGCCGGGGUGCGCACGGGGGUCCGCGCCAAGGGCCGCCCUCGUCCGGGUACCGGGCCGCGCCCGCCGCCGCCGCCGCCCAGCCUCACCGACAGCAGCUCCGAGGUGUCGGACUGCGCGUCGGAGGAGGCGCGCCUGCUGGGCCUGGAGCUGGCGCUGAGCAGCGACGCCGAGUCUGCGGCGGGUGGCCCGGCGGGGACCCGCACCGGGCAGCCACCCCAGCCCGCGCCGUCGGGGCAGCAGCCUCCGCGGCCGCCCACCUCCCCGGAUGAGCCGUCGGUGGCCGCAUCGUCGGUGGGCAGCAGUCGCCUGCCACUCAGCGCCUCGCUCGCCUUCUCCGACCUCACCGAGGAGAUGUUGGACUGCGGGCCCGGCGGCUUGGUGCGGGAGCUGGAAGAGCUGCGCUCCGAGAACGACUAUCUCAAGGAUGAGAUCGAAGAGCUGCGGGCUGAGAUGCUGGAAAUGCGGGAUGUCUACAUGGAGGAAGAUGUGUACCAGCUACAGGAGCUGCGGCAGCAGCUGGACCAAGCCAGCAAGACCUGUCGCAUCCUGCAGUACCGACUGCGUAAAGCUGAGCGCCGCAGCCUCCGUGCUGCCCAGACAGGCCAGGUGGAUGGUGAGCUCAUCCGUGGUCUGGAGCAGGACGUCAAGGUCUCUAAGGACAUCUCCAUGCGGCUUCAUAAGGAGCUGGAGGUGGUGGAGAAGAAGCGGAUGAGGCUGGAGGAGGAGAACGAGGGGCUUCGGCAGAGGCUCAUCGAGACGGAGCUGGCCAAGCAGGUGCUGCAAACGGAGCUGGAUCGUCCCAGAGAGCAUUCCUUGAAGAAAAGAGGAACCCGAUCUCUGGGGAAGACAGAUAAGAAGCCCACUGCACAGGAGGACAGUGCAGAUCUGAAAUGCCAGCUGCAUUUCGCAAAGGAGGAGUCGGCCCUCAUGUGCAAGAAGCUCACCAAGCUGGCCAAGGAGAACGACAGCAUGAAAGAGGAGCUGCUCAAAUACCGCUCCCUCUAUGGGGACCUGGACGCAGCCCUGUCCGCGGAAGAGCUGGCUGAUGCUCCUCACUCCCGUGAGACAGAGCUGAAGGUGCACCUGAAGCUGGUGGAGGAGGAGGCCAACCUCCUGAGCAGGCGCAUCGUGGAGCUGGAGGUGGAGAACCGGGGCCUUCGGGCCGAGAUGGAUGACAUGAAGGACCACGGGGGCGGUGGUGGCCCCGAGGCCCGGCUGGCUUUCUCUGCUCUUGGUGGUGGUGAGUGCGGGGAGAGCCUGGCCGAGUUGCGGCGCCACCUGCAGUUCGUGGAAGAGGAGGCAGAACUGCUGAGGCGCUCCUCGGCGGAGCUGGAGGACCAGAACAAGUUGCUGCUGAACGAGCUGGCCAAAUACCGGUCUGAGCAUGAGCUGGACGUGACUCUGUCGGAGGACAGCUGCUCGGUGCUCAGCGAGCCCUCGCAGGAGGAGCUAGCAGCUGCCAAACUGCAGAUCGGCGAGCUCAGCGGCAAGGUUAAGAAGCUGCAGUAUGAGAACCGCGUUCUCCUCUCCAACCUGCAGCGCUGUGACCUGGCCUCCUGCCAGAGCACACGCCCCAUGCUGGAGACAGACGCUGAGGCCGGGGACUCUGCACAGUGUGUGCCUGCCCCUCUGGGCGAGGCGCUGGAGCCCCACACUGCCCGGCUCUGCAGGGCCCGCGAGGCUGAGGCGCUGCCUGGGCUGAGGGAGCAGGCCGCCCUGGUCAGCAAGGCCAUCGACGUCCUCGUGGCUGAUGCCAAUGGCUUCUCGGUUGGCCUCCGCCUGUGCCUGGACAACGAGUGUGCAGACUUGCGGUUGCAUGAGGCGCCUGAUAACAGCGAGGGCCCCAGGGAUGCCAAGCUCAUCCAUGCCAUCCUGGUGCGGCUGAGCGUGCUGCAGCAGGAACUGAACACUUUCACACGCAAGGUGGAUGUGGCCUUGGGGAGCUCUGGCAAGGAGCAGCCAGAGUCCUUCCCUGCGCUGCCCACCUUGGGCUCCCAGGGGCCCUCUAAGGAGAUCAUACUGGCCAAAGACCUUGGCUCCGACUUCCAGCCAUCUGACUUCAGAGACUUGCUGGAAUGGGAGCCUAGGAUCCGGGAGGCCUUCCGUGCUGGUGACUUGGACUCCAAGCCUGACCCCAGUCGGAACUUCAGGCCUUAUCGAGCUGAAGAUAAUGAUUCCUAUGCCUCUGAGAUCAAGGAGCUUCAGCUGGUUCUGGCCGAGGCUCAUGACAGCCUCCGGGGCUUGCAAGAGCAGCUGUCCCAGGAGCGGCAGCUCCGGAAAGAGGAGGCUGACAGCUUCAACCAGAAAGUAGUCCAGCUGAAAGAAGACCAGCAGAGAGCGUUGCUGAGGCGGGAGUUCGAGCUGCAGAGUCUGAGCCUCCAAAGGAGGCUGGAGCAGAAAUUCUGGAGCCAGGAGAAGAACAUACUGGUGCAGGAAUCCCAGCAGUUUAAGCACAACUUCCUGCUGCUCUUCAUGAAACUCAGGUGGUUCCUGAAGCGCUGGCGGCAGGGCAAGGUUCUGCCCCACGAGGAGGAUGACUUCCUGGAGGUGAACAGCAUGAAGGAACUGUAUCUGCUGAUGGAGGAAGAAGAGAUGAACGCCCAGCACUCGGAUAACAAGGCCUGCACAGGGGACAGCUGGACCCAGAACACGCCUAACGAGUACAUCAAGACCCUGGCUGACAUGAAGGUCACACUGAAGGAGCUGUGCUGGCUGCUCCGGGACGAGCGUCGGGGUCUGACUGAACUUCAGCAGCAAUUCGCCAAGGCCAAGGCCACGUGGGAGACAGAGCGGGCAGAGCUCAAGGGCCAUGCCUCGCAGAUGGAGCUGAAGGCUGGGAAGGGCGCCAGCGAGAGGCCCGGGCCUGACUGGAAGGCUGCACUGCAGAGGGAGCGCGAAGAGCAGCAGCACCUCCUGGCCGAGUCCUACAGCGCCGUCAUGGAGCUGACGCGGCAGCUGCAGAUGAGCGAGCACCACUGGAGCCAGGAGAAGCUGCAGUUGGUGGAGCGGCUGCAGGGCGAGAAGCAGCAGGUGGAGCAGCAGGUGAAGGAGCUGCAGAACCGCCUCAGUCAGCUGCAGAAGGCUGCCGAACCCUGGGUCCUGAAGCACUCAGACCUGGAGAAGCAGGACAACAGCUGGAAAGAGACACGAAGUGAGAAGACCCACGACAAGGAGGGUGUUUCUGAAGCUGAGCUUGGGGGAACCGCCUUAAAGAGGACCAAAUCAGUUUCCUCCAUGUCUGAGUUUGAAAGUUUGCUCGACUGUUCCCCCUACCUUGCUGGUGGGGAUGCCCGGAGCAAGAAGCUGCCCAACAGCUCUGCUUUUGCCUUUGUGAAUACCGAAUCGGUGGAGCCUGAGAAAGAUGCCAAGGAAAAGUCUGGGCUUUCCACCCGGGACUGCAGCCGUGUGGGUACCCUGGCCUGCCAGGAGCCUGCAGGGAGGCAGAUGCAGCGCAGCUACACUGCUCCAGACAAGACGGGCAUACGAGUCUACUAUAGUCCCCCAGUGGCCCGGCGCCUGGGCGUCCCUGUGGUCCAUGACAAGGAGGGCAAGAUCCUCAUUGAACCAGGCUUCCUCUUUACCACAGCCAAGCCCAAAGAGUCAGCCGAGGCAGAUGGACUGGCCGAGAGUUCUUAUAGCCGGUGGCUUUGCAACUUCUCCCGGCAGCGCCUGGAUGGAGGAUCUGGGGGCAACACCUCGGCUUCUGGACCUGCUUUCCCGGCAGCCCUGCAUGACUUUGAAAUCUCGGGCAACAUGAGUGACGACAUGAAGGAGAUCACCAACUGUGUGCGGCAGGCCAUGCGCUCUGGCUCGCUGGAGAGAAAGGUAAAGAGCACGUCCAGCCAGACGGUGGGCCUGGCCAGUGUGGGCACACAGACCAUUCGGACAGUCAGUGUGGGCCUGCAGACUGACCCACCCCGCAGCAGCCUCCAUAGCAAGAGCUGGUCACCCCGCAGCUCCUCUCUCAUGUCAGUACGCAGCAAGCAGAUCUCCUCUUCCCUGGACAAGGUCCACUCGCGCAUUGAGCGGCCAUGCUGCUCGCCCAAGUAUGGCUCCCCCAAGCUCCAGAGGCGAUCAGUGUCCAAGCUGGACAGCACCAAGGACCGUAGCCUGUGGAACCUGCAUCAAGGCAAGCAGAAUGGCUCCGCCUGGGCCCGCUCCACAACCACACGGGAUAGCCCGGUGCUGAGGAACAUCAACGAUGGGCUGUCCAGCCUUUUUAGCGUGGUGGAGCACUCAGGGAGCACAGAGUCUGUCUGGAAACUGGGCAUGUCUGAGGCCCGAACCAAGCCCGAACCUCCCAAGUAUGGCAUUGUACAGGAGUUCUUCCGGAACGUGUGUGGACGGGCCCCGAGCCCUACGACUGCAGCAGGAGAUGAGAGUUCCAAGAAACCAGAACCUCUUUCCCCUGCCAGCUACCAUCAACCUGAGGGUGUAGCCAGGAUCCUGAAUAAGAAGGCAACCAAGGCAGGUGGUAGUGAAGAGGUCAGACCCACCAUGCUUUCCCAGGUGGGGAAGGAUGGCGCCCUUCGGGAUGGAGAUGGAGCCUUAAUUCUUCCCAGUGAGGAUGCUGUUUGUGACUGUAGUGCCCAGUCUCUGGCCUCCUGCUUCGUCCGGCCAUCCCGCAACACCAUCCGACACUCUCCUUCCAAGUGCAGGCUGCAUCCUUCAGAGUCAGGCUGGGGUGGGGAGGAGAGGGCAGCCCCCCAGUGAGUCACAGAGCAGCCAAGCUCCCCGCCUCAAGCAGCCUAGACCCUGGAGAUGAGGCAAGGGGUCACGUCCUCAGCCUCGCUCUGCCUGGGAGGAACAGCAGCUAUGCCACUGCCAGAGAAGAGCUUUUCAAGGUAAAGCAGGGUGUCCCACUGACUGCUGGGAGGUGACCUCUGAUUUCCAGGGGAAGGCAGUGAGUAGGAGAAAAGACCAACCUGGGUGAUCAGGACUGGGCUUCCCAAGCACCUGAAGAACACCGCACAUUUCUGGGCAAUCCCCAGGAAUGUGGCUCACAGAGAUACUCCCUACUGACCGCAUGUGGAGAAGCCACUGAGAAGAUUGGGGCUUUGCUUGGGGCCCAGCUUGACGCUCUUGAAAGAGCUGGGCUGGGCAGUGUGACCAUCGCUUCUUCUUUCCUCCUCCCAGCUUUACUAAUCAGGUUGCUGGGCCUUCUUGGAGCAGGGAAGGGGGAUAUGAUAGAGCAGAACCAAGUCCACUUGGAAUCCUGGAGCCCUGGAUCCCCCUGCCUGUACCUCCACGUAGCAAGAGCUGGGGGCAGGUAAGAGUGUGUCAGGUUCCAGUUGGAGAUCAGAAGAGCUGACUCCCUUGUCAAGGUGACUUGAAGGCCCAACUUGCAUAGCAGACUCCUUGACAACAGAAAUGGGUAGGGUCCCUCUCAACACCUGAUGCAGAGGUAAAAGCCUACAUGCCUUGCCUUGAUUCCCUAGGGCCUCUUUCUUGGUAGCAGGGAUGGGUGCCACAAUCCUGCAUCAAGGAGGGGGCAGAGAUGCUCCCUGGGAGAGACUCUGUUGUUCAGGUCAGGCCAGAGAGCACCAAGAGGCCAGUGGCCCAUGACACAGCCCGAGACAAGGGCCUACAAACAUUUCUUGCCUAGAUUGUUUAUUUGAAUUUUUCAUACUAUAAAUAUUUAAGGUGAUUUAUUUUAAUAAUUUAACUUACUGCCCCCCCCCCCCAGCCCUUAAGGUAAUUUAUUAGAGGUAUUCUUGCCACAGGGACAACAUGGGGCUUGUGACACCAUGGAGUCCCCCAUGUGGUUGAGGCAGCUCAGCACCAGGCUCACAUGGCCUGGUUUCGUCAGAAGGGCCCCUUGGCAGAACUGGGGCUCUGCACCUUGUUCCCCCAAUACCACUGGCCAUUUAGUCUCAGAUGGCUACAUUUUACUCAUCACCCGGUACUUGGCCUGGCCGCUACAGGCCAGCUUGUGAAUGCUUCAGACAUGGUGUAGGCCAGAAUGAUGUCAUCACUCCUCAGACAUCCUUCAUGAUCCCUCGCAUCCCUCAUCCCUCCCGGCCCUCCAGCACCUUUCCUCACAAGUCAGACGUAGAUGACUGCAGCUCUCUUCUGAGCACAGCGACCAGCUCUGUGCGCCCGUGUAAGAACUCGCAGGAAAACAGGAUGGACUUCUAGAAUGUUCUCUAUUGCUGCUUUGCACAUGGAUCUGAGAGUGUCUACCAGCCUGCCAGCCUGUUCACCAGCCCUUCUCUUAGCCUUAUAGCCACUCAUGGCUCUUCUUCUAGCCCCAGCUCUACUGCCUGUCCUUCCUACACCCCCAGGAGUCGCCUGAGCCACACCAGUGUAACUCGAACUGCAGUAGAGGGAGCUCACCUGCCUCCCCUUGGUGCCAAUGACGCGCUGCCCUCCUUUUCCUGGCUGGGGAUUCGGACUCAUCCGAGGAUGAAUUGGCUUCUGUGCAGAGUUCCCCAUCAGGAAGACAGAGAGCCAACUGCAGAGGUAGUUUCCUCCAGGACCAGGGAGAUGCCUCUGGUCUCCCGCCUACCGGUUUCCAGGCUACCUCUUUAGGGACACCUGGAACGGUUACCCAAAGCCCCUCGACCCCAUUCCCUAUGGGCAGUAUAGCAGGGUCAGUCCCUCACACCAGCUGUUGCCUCGUGUCCUAAUGACUUGCACGGGCAGAGUCAGCAGGCCGGUGGACCAUGGGCCAGGUCCCUCCAGGAUGCUCCUGCUCUCCUCCAAGAGGUCAGAGGCCCCUCUAAGGUUAUCUCCAGCCGAGGGGACCAAAUCAGGCCACAAGCCACCAGAGGCCUUCUGCCACCUCCCAGAGCGCUGAGAGCCAGGGAGUCUUGAAGAAAAGCCCCCUAGACCUGAAUCCCAGGGCUUAGGGGCCACUCAGCCUUACCAUCUGUCCCAUCUGGGUUGUCGUGCAUUCCCACUGUCUCAGCACCUGGCCCCCACUGCCCCCAGCAGGUGUUGCAAGCUCCAAGUCUUGGUUUUCAGUCCCUGUUUCUAAUUCUUGCUUGCCACUGUGCAAGGCCACCUGUCAUUGUCCCUAUCGAAGCCUCCAUACACAGGGCUCAAUGGGGAUGAAAAUGUUACAUGUAAAUAUUGGUUUGGUUUGAUCUUUAGCAUUUUGCUUGGUAACUGGUUCUGUUUUCUUUUGGGGGGUGGAAGGGUUGGUUUGUAAAUCUCUCUACUCUUUUGAAAUGUAAUUUCUAAGUUUGUUUGUUUCUUCAAAUGCCUUUUAUGUCUUAGUAACAUUCCCAAAGCAGAAAACUGCCUGGCCUACAUGGGGUACUCCCCUGGAGGCCCGGGGUCAUGGGAAGGAGCAACACCCUUCCUCUCAAUCCAUCCUCUUUCUGUUCACCUCCAUUUUUCUCCUUUUCCUUCAGCCCUCUACUUCCUUUUCCUCCCUCUCUCUCCCUCUCCCCACCUCUCUCUCUCUCCCUCUCCCUCUCCCCCCUCCCCUCUCUCCCUCUCCCUCUUCCAGUGUCCCAAAGGAACCUUGGGGCCCUAGUCCUCUAAUAGAUUGCCUGGCUUGGGUCCACAGGGUUGACACAGAUUGGCUGGGGGCAUGAGGGUGAAUUGCAUGAUUGACACUAAUCUAUAUCUCACAUCUUCCUGGGGAUAAACCAAAUUAGACCGUCUUGGAGGCAAUGGUGAUGGGUUUUGAAAUAAAAUUCAGAGCCCUUGAGACCCCCCUGACUGAACAAGGAGAAUCCAUUUCCCUUUGCCCUGUAGCCUUCCUCCCAGUCCUUAUCCUACCAAGGCUUGUUCUCCAGGAGCUCGAAUUGGGCCCUAUCUCUUGGCCUCUCCAGGGAUGUUCGUCUACCAGCUGGCCUCCAGGUGACAAAAAUAAGCACUCAAAAAACUUGACCUGGACACCACUAUGCCACUCCCUGUAUCUUUUGUGGAUGCCUCAGUCACUCAGCUUUGUCUCUUGUCCAGAGACCCUUCCCCCACCUGCCUCUGCCUCCGGAGUACUGGGAUUAAAGGUGUGCAUCACCACUGCUCGAGGGCAGCUCUUAAGAGGCUUUUUGACAGGCCAGGGCUUAGCGAUCUCAUUCUACAGUUCUCACGCCGGAGCCUGGAACCAGGAAGAUAUCUGACUUACAGCGGGACUCUUGCCUGCUUUCUGUACAAACUCACUGGGACGCUGGCUAGGGUCAGAGCAUCCCAAAUUUGCCACUGCCGAACCCAGAGGCAAGACUUGCAACUCUCUGAACCUUUGGGGUUAGCUCUCUGGGAGAUCCGUAUGCAGCAGUGACUGGUGUUUACACUCACAGGUCCAACCAUUCACAGCUGAUACAUGAUGAGCCAGUGCUCAUGGUGCUGGGUCCUUGACAGGAGCCCUGAGCAAUGAGCUGGGAUACUGGGGACGGGGGUGUCUCAGCCAAACUCAGCUUUGGGUAAAUUGCCAAAGAUUUCCAAAGGGCACCAAAAACAGUGUUUCACCUUAGUCACGUGUUUCGUGAAAUAACCAAGCUAGAAGUGUUGAGGCUGAUGGCGGCACAGCCCUUUCAUCGCAGCUACUCAGGAGGCUGAAGCAGGAGGAUCAGUUUCAAAGCCUGUUUGGGCUAAAGAGUGAGUUCAUGGUCAGCCUGGGCAGUUUUCUGAGGCCUUGUCUCAAAAUGAAGAUUUUAGAAAGCGCUGGGUAGCUCAGUGGUAGAUGCUUGCUUCGCAUGUGUGAGGCCCUGGGUUCUUUUCCUAGUAUUGGAAAACAAAGAAAAUGAGAAAAUCAAAGGGUGAGGACUGGGGACAUGUAUGUCAGUAGUAGAGCACUUGCCUAGCGUAGGGAAAAAGAAGAAGAAAAUCUUCCCCCAGUCUCCCCACUAUAAUCCCCAUAAUUACAUAAUUUAAGUUGUACUGCACCCCUUGCUUUUUGUUUGUCUGUUUUUGUUUUCAGACAUGAUCAUGCUAUGUAUCCCUGGCAGAUCUGGAAAUUGCUAUUUUGACCUUAAACUUGUAAUUCUCCUGCCUCUGCCUCCCAAGUUUAAUGAAUUAACGAUUAAUAGGCGUGCGGCACCAUCCACAGCCUUAAAUUUCAUUCUUGAGUUCCCUGGCAGUCACGGUAAGACAAGAAGCAUAUCAGGCCUUUAUCGUUUCCAGCCAUCUGUCGUGUGAGGCAAGCGUGUUUGCUCAGAGACAGACUGAUGUGGAAGCGUGAGUUCUUUCCUCGAAGACCGAGGAGCUGCUUGGUUUGCCCAAGACAAAGCUUGUUUUCUGGGUGACUGUUUUACAGAAUAAUAAACUGCCACCAACUUGAAUGACCUUGGCCAGAUCACAUAGCUAGUCUAUGCCUCAGUUUCCCCAGCCACAGAGUGGUGGCUAUGCCAAAGACCAAAUAUAUCAUGCCCGUUCGUCUCCUGAGAAAAGCUGGCAUUCUAUCAAAUCUGAAGUGAAACUGAGCGCUCUCAGAGGCAUUGAGGCGCUCGGUGCCCUGGCUCUGGUGGUGGUGUGUACCUCCUUCUCUCAUUGGCCUUAAAAUAAAUAGAAGGGACCACAAGAGAAUCUCAGUCAUCAUGCUCACAUUUUAAAAUGCUACUGUAGUCUGUUUAAGUGUGUGUGUGUGUGUGUGUGUGUGUGUGUGUACGUGUGUACACACGUGCUAGGAAUGAGACCCAGCAUGUGAGUGUGUGUGUGUGUGUGUGUGUGUGUGUGUGUGUAUACACACGUGCUAGGAAUGAGACCCAGCCUGUGAGAGAAGCACUUUACCACUGAGACACAUCUUCAAUGCCUAACAGGCUUUUUAAAAAAAACAUUUUUAUUUAGAGACAGGGUCUCCUGUAUCAUCGGCUGGCCUCCAACUCACUGUGUAGCCCAGGAUGACUUGAAUUUCUGAUCUUCCUGUCCAUCUCCGUUGGCAUUAGCCACAACCCCUGGCCAUAGUAUCUUUCAUGGACAUUCACAGUAUUGUGUCACCACUACUAGCUCCAGAACUUUUUCUUGGUCCCAAACUGAAAUUUCACCCCCUCAUAAUAAUUAAUAAGUGACCCAUAGACAAUAAUUCCCACCCUUGCCCCAGGGCUGAAUGACCUCUGCUCUAUUUCUUUUUUACACUGGCCUGUUUUAGGUACUUGUGUCGGCAGAAUCCAACAUUUAUCCAUUGUGUCUCACCCGUUCAUGUUUUACUUGUGGAGAAGGGAGUGGCUUGCCCAAGGCCUCACAGCAAGGCAUAGGUGGAGGUGGCUACCAGCUCCUGGCUCUCAGAAGAUUUUCUACAGUGUGCAUGAAGCGUGCUCUGAGGUCUUGGCUGAAUCUGCAUCUUCCCCCCUCACCCCACCCCUUCCUUUAUCAUCGUCCAUAUCAUCAGCUCUAUAGUAUCAUCUCUUCCUGCCACCACUUCCUGGCUGGUUUCUGCCACCAGAUGAAGUGGUACUAACCUAGGACCAGGUUUUCUUCUCUGGGACCCUGGGAUUUUUACAAUGCCAGCCCUCAGCCCUCCCAUGUCCUCUGGUACACUCUUCCCUCUUCUGUAUGGACUUUUGUCUGACCUUGGCCAUCUCCUCCCUAGCCCUACAAACUCAUACCCCCACCCCCUCAGGGGAGGAUCAUGUCCAGUCUGUCCGUCUCCCAAGGUUUGCUCUCAGAUCUGGAAUUAUCCAGUCUUGUGUUUAUUUUGUAUUUUUCCUAGAGGAAUCCCCUUUGUUCUGUGCAUCAUGCAUCACCAUCUCUUCCAGCCCUUCUCGUCAGACUCAUCCCACUCCAGCAACCUCCCAGCCUAGAACACCCCCAGUCCCACCCCGCUCUCUGCUUCCUGUCUUCCCUGCUUCUCCCAAUACAGCUGCAUCACCUUCCACCGGGAGGAUGUGAGGUGGACAUGGACCUUUUGGGUCUUCUCUGCCCUGCCCACUUCUGGUGACCUUGGUAUAAAGCAGGGGAAAUUUGACUUCUCUUUGGUUUUGUCUCUCUGUCCGUCCGGUCUGUUCUCCUCUGCCCUGACUCUUCUCUUGGCUCUGCCUUUGAUUCUCUGUGCCUUAUUUUACUUCUCUGCACAGGGGGGCUCACCCACCACCUCUUUCCCAGCAUUUGUCUAGAUCUCUUGGUACCUCUACAGCUGGGCCUUGCCAUCAUGACUUGCCAUAGGAGUACCAGGUUGCCAAGGCAACUGGGGGUACUUCUGAGGACUAGUGUCUCUCAAACUCUGUCCCUGUAGUAGAGCGUCACCAGGAAGGGUGACAGAAGUGCAGAUUGUUGGCUGCGUCCAAGACCCAUGGAAGCAGGCCGGGGAAGUUAGGGUUGAAAGAGCCUCCGGGUCAUUCUGAUGUAGACAAGUUUGCCAACGACAACAACAACAAGGUUGUUGGUCUAGAUGAACUGUCAGCUCAGCUUGGGCAGUACCUGGGCCUGGCCUGGGCCAAGAACAAUGGAAAACAACCAGUCAACCAGACUUGUAGAUUCAAGGCCUCUGUCCCCGAAUAAAACAUCACUGUGGCAUCUCCUAUUUUUGGAAGCUGGAAUUGGGGGGAGGAAUGGCCCUGCAGCUUUCCUGUUACCUCCCUGGCUCCAUUUCAACCCAGCUCACCAUCCCUCUCAAAUUUGCAUUUUGUGGAAAUCUGUAUACGUGGUCCCAGCAGACAAGCAGGAGGAUGGGGGAGUCCCCAGAGGCAGGAGGCAAAAAGGACCCUUUUCACUUUUCCCUUAGGCUCCUCACCAUUGCCCAAGGGAAGGACACUUGCUGCAAGGAGAGAAUCCCAAGCCCUGUCCCCAUCAGCACUCCCACACCACACCUCCUUAUCCUCCCAAUCCCAGGGAGAUCUGUAACAGUGCCAAAAACCAGUUCCAAAACCCAGUACUUGGGAAAGAGCUAGAAACUGCCUUUCCUCGUCCUGGCUCCCCUCCCCCACCUAGCCAAUACUGUGAAGCCCCUUCCUGCUCAGCCUGGUUUCCUGGGGGAUGGUCCUGCAGUCGUGGGCCCUGGGGGACCCCUCAGGAGGGAAGGGACCAAGGGCAUCUUUGGGCCAAUCCAACUAUCCACCUCUCCUUUCCACUAUUCUCCCUUCCUCCCCCUUCUCUUCCUUCUCCUCCUCUUCCUUCCACUAUCCCCAUCUGCCUUUCUGCCUUUAAAGGCUCCUUCCUGCGAUGGAUUGGGUGAUAGGAGGACCGUAGUCUAGUCCACCAGCUCUCCUCGCCCUGUGUCUUAUUUCAGACAUGACAACUGUACAGUGUAAACUUACGAAGUGUUUUUAAUGGUUGUAGAUUGGAAAUAAAGUAUGUCAUAUAAAUGGU